CCCUGCUCAGGUCGGCUCUGCUUAGUACAUUGUUUACGCUGAUCCAUGUUUGGCUUCCUUCUUCCUUCUAUUAUUAUUGAAAGUACAGAUCACCCUGACUUCAGAUUUGAACUAAAUCUUGAGAGUAAACUAAUAAAAAAGGUUGUUUUCUCUCAUUUAUGGUCAGAGACUGUAGCCGAACAAACAAUUGUGUUUGGAUGAAUCUUUGGAUCUGUGGUUUAACUGAAAGGACAGAGGAAGGACAAUCAGCAUAUCUGCAUGUGUUGCUCAUUAGUUUGUCUGUACCCCCACUUCCAGUCUACAUCAUGAUUUCUGCUUUAUUUUGUGUUUUAUGUCCUACAGAUGCAUUGGUGAGAAUGGACGGUGGCAUCAGUCUAAUCAAAGACAACAAAUCUGAUCAUCACGGAUACUCUGCCUACCCAGCAGCAGCAGCGGUCGGACCGGAGUAUGAACGCUGUCCGGAGAGCAUAGAUGUGCAAAACCCCUGGAAUAUCCGUGCGCUGGAGAGGCCAGAACCGACCGCCGUGGAGGACUGUCUUUAUCUAGUCGACAAAAAAAGGGAAAGAACCACGGGGAAAGCAUGGCGGUAGAAGAGGAAGGUCUCCGGGUUUUCCAGAGCGUUAAAAUAAAAAUAGGAGAAGCAAAAAACAUCCCUCCGUACCCGGGUCCAAACAGGAUGCGGGACUGUUACUGCACUGUCAACCUGGACCAAGAGGAGGUGUUCAGGACCAAGAUCAUCGAGAAGUCACUUUGUCCGUUCUAUGGGGAAGACUUUUACUGCGAAAUCCCACGUAGCUUCAGACAUCUCUCCUUCUACAUCUUCGACAGGGACGUCUUCAGGAGGGACUCCAGUAUCGGCAAGGUUGCGGUGAAGAAAGAGGACCUGCAGAAAUAUCACGGAAAAGACACCUGGUUUCAGCUACAACCUGUCAGCGCUGACUCAGAAGUGCAGGGAAAAGUGCACCUGGAGCUGCGUCUGAGUGAAGUCAUCACAGACAGUGGAGUCAUCAACCAUAAACUAGCCACACGAGUGUUGGAGUGCCAAGGACUUCCGAUCGUCAACGGCCAAUGUGAUCCCUACGCUGCUGUCUCUUUACUAGGACCUUCAAGGUCGGAAGCCAAGAAGACCAAGGUGAAGCGGAAAACCAACAACCCACAGUUUGAAGAGGUUUUCUAUUUCGAGGUGACACGGCCAUUGAGUUACACAAAGCGACAGUUUGAUGUUGAAGAAGAGGAUGUUGACAAGCUGGCACUGAGGGUGGAUCUGUGGAACGCCAGCAACCUGAAGUUCGGGGACGAGUUCCUGGGCGGCGUACGUGUUCCUCUCCGGGUCCUGGGUCAGGCUGGGGUUCACGACGCAUGGUACUUUCUCCAGCCCAGGGAGAACGGAGGGAAGUCAGUGAAGGUGGAAGAGCUCGGCUCUCUGCGUCUGAACAUCGUUUACACUGAGGACCACGUUUUCCCGUCCGAACAUUACACUCCCCUCAGAGAUCUACUGCUGCACUCCGCUAACGUCGAGCCCGUGUCAGCGUCCACGGCUCACAUUCUGGGGGAGGUGUGCCGGGAGAAACAGGAAGCGGCCAUCCCCCUUGUGCGUCUUUUUCUUCACUAUGGCAAGAUCGUGCCUUUCAUUAGCGCGAUCGCUCACGCUGAAGUCAACCGCACACAGGAUCCUAACACCAUUUUCCGGGGAAACUCUCUGACUUCCAAGUGCAUCGAUGAGACCAUGAAGCUGGCGGGAAUGCACUAUCUGCAAGUCACACUCAAACCCAUCAUAGAUGAGAUCUGCACGGAACACAAACCCUGUGAAAUCGACCCGGUCAAGCUCAAAGAGUCAGAGAACCUGGAGACGAACAGGGAAAAUCUUCGUCAUUACGUAGACCGCAUCUUCAACGUCAUCACCACCUCCGGCAUUCGCUGUCCCACUGUCAUGUGUGACAUCUUCUUCUCUUUGAGGGAGUCCGCUGCCACCCGUUUCCAAGUGGAUCAGGAUGUUCGGUACACAGCAGUGAGCAGUUUCAUAUUCCUGCGUUUCUUCGCUCCGGCUAUCCUUUCCCCAAACUUGUUUCAUCUACGGCCGCACCAUCCAGAUCCCGCCACCUCUCGAACUCUCACCCUCAUCUCCAAGACGAUCCAGACCCUGGGAAGUCUCGCUAAGUCUAAAUCUGCCAAUUUCAAAGAGUCUUACAUGGCUGCGUUUUAUGACUACUUCAAUGAGCAGAAAUAUGCGGACGCUGUGAAGAAUUUCCUGGACCUGAUCUCCACCUCCGGCAAAUGGGAUCAGAAGAGCAUUGAAACACCGAUCAUGCUCAAAGAGGGAUUUAUGAUAAAGAGAGCACAAGGGAGAAACCGCUUUGGAAUGAAAAACUUCAAGAAGAGAUGGUUUCGCCUCACCAACCAUGAGUUUACUUACCACAAAACCAAAGGUGAGGGCGCUCUGUGCAGCAUUCCCAUAGAGAACAUUCUGGCUGUGGAGAGGCUCGAGGAGGAGUCUUUCAAGAUGAAAAAUAUGUUCCAGGUUAUUCAACCAGAGCGCGCACUCUACAUCCAGGCCAACAACUGCGUCGAGGCACGUGACUGGAUCGACAUCCUGACCAAAGUCAGCCAGUGCAACCGCAAACGCUUAAGCACCUACCAUCCUUCAGCCUACCUCAACGGCCACUGGCUCUGCUGCAAGUUCUCAGCAGACACAGCUCCUGGGUGUACUCCCUGCACUGGUAGCCUCCCAGCAAACAUCCAGCUGGACGUGGAUGGAGACAGAGAGACUGAGAGGAUUUAUUCCCUGUUCAACACGUACAUGACCAAACUGAUCAAGAUGCAAGAGGCCUGUGGCAGUAAGUCCGUGUACGACGGGCCCGAACAGGAGGAGUACUCCAGCUUUGUCAUCGAUGACCCCCAGGAGACCUACAAAACCCUGAAACAGAUUGUUUUGGCCGUGCAAACUUUGGAGCAGCAGCACACCAAGUACAAACGUGACAAGUUUAAGAAGACAAAGAUAGGCAGCCAGGAGCACCCGAUUGGAGACAAGAGUUUUCAGUGCUACAUCCGCCAGCAGUCUGGGAGCUCCACCUACUCCAUCUAGCCACGGCCUCUGUGUACUGUUUCUAUGAUGCCCAGAACCAGCAUAUUUUUCUCUGCUGCACAGAAAUCCAUCUUUAACAAUGCUCUGUGUCUAGUAUUGAGUUUGAAAUCUGUAUUUUCCUUAAAAAAACUAUUUUAAAAGGUGACAUAAUUCCACUCAUUUCCAAUGUGUCCAUGAUGUUCUUCAGAAUAUUACGUUUUUAAGGAUAUUUGCUUUGUUGAGUUUUAAGGAAAAUAAGAGUUUUAAGAGUCAAUACCAGCGAGCUCUGUAGAUGGACCUUUUUUUUUUUUUUGCAGUGUCUUAAGGUGCAUCACUCCAGAUUUUUGGAGAACAGACCUCAGCUCAGCAAGAAGGAGAAAAAAAGAGGAACAAUUGUGGAGGAAAGGAGGGAUACAAAUGAAGAGAUAAUCACGCCAUUCAUCUGUUUGUGUCUCCUUUCUGUGAUGUGACGAGAGAACAAACAACAGUUUUCACUGGACAGUUUUGACAGUGACCGACACGCACUUUAAUCGCCUCCAAAUCUAUGGAUGAACAAGCCUCGCAGCACACAAAAAAGCUUAUUUUAUCUGUUUGGUUGUAUUUGGUUAUUUUAAUGGUUGUUGAAAUGAUCUGUUGUAUUUCACUCUAGAAGGAAGGAAGAAAGGAAGGACUGUAAUUUUUCCCUCUUUGGGUGGUGUUGUCCUCCCCAUGUACCUGUAUUUUUUUGUUUUUUAAGUUUUGUCCCUAACCUCCUCAGGAAGGCUGUGAAGGUCGAGGGCACACAAGAAGGGAUUGUUGGGACCAAGCACAGCCAAGAGCAGCUUGAUGUUAGCUAUCAAAAAAAAAAAAAACACUCCAUGGACAAUUUUAUCCCUAAUUUUUACUCCUUAUCAUCAAUGCUAACAGAUAUAUAGGUUCAAGUUUUCUCGUGUCAUUUGAAGCCUUGUUCUGUUGAGGUUGGACAUUGUGCCCCUGUGUAACCAGUAAUCGGGUCAAAGGAACAGCUUGUUUUUGGAGAGAUUUUCUUUCUUUUUUUCUGCUUAACACAGAGUCAGACAAACUCUUUGGACACCUUUGUUGUUUCUCUGUACGCUGUUUGAAGGUAUGUUGAACUGAGUGCUUAGCAUGGCUGAGUUUAUGGAUGCCAAAUGGCAGCUUCUCUUUGAAAUUAGACAAAAUACACUGGACAGCUGAUUGGUUGAACUCCAUCUUGAUAUCCAACUUCAGAGCCAGUUUUUGUUGAUAUCAGGACCAGAUUAACCCAGAAGAGGUUCAGGGUAAAAAUCUACUGUGGAUCCCUGCUGACUCCCACAAUUGGAGUCAUGAAACUGUGCAUGAGCACAAAUGUAUUCAGUAAAAUGCAUUUUGUAUCCACUGAAACAAUGAUAUGCACUUUAUUACGUACACCUGUACAAUAUAUUCCAAUUCCAUACAGCAGAUCUGCUGUUUAUAACAAGCAGUCUUUUGUGACAUGGUCAAAAUGUGUAAAUUAAAUUACACAAAUAAUAUUUAAAUGUGGUGUUGUUCUGUAUUGAGAGGUGUUUGUCCUCCCUAUGAAGGGGGCAGAACAUUAGAAACACUUCUAGAAGCUUUAACCACAGUGUAACUGCUGCAGGUUUUACGUGCAUGGAAAACAGUGUAAUUUGCUGCUUUUAAGAGGCACUGAUGCUUGAUCUCGACUUCCUGUAAUUCAACUAUGAUAAGAUCACCGUUCAACAUACCGUCAAACUGCAUGCAGAAAUCAAAAAGCAUGUUUUUUUCACUCUGUAAGCAGAACAAAAACUAUCCCUUCAUCCAUCACAAAGCAGAAACUAUGUGUUAGCACAGCUCAUUAAAAAAAGAUGGUUUUAAGCUUAACUUCUAAUUAAUCAAUAUACUAACAUUUUAUCCAGUCUCAAGUUAUGAUUGUGAAAUGGAUUGUGUGUUACUGGUUGUGUUGCCCUGUUGGCUGCCUAAUAAUGUAGUUCUUCUGUUUUGUGAGUUUAGCUCUGUCUUACUCUGGCAAAGCAGCGCCCUGUAGUUUAAAAACCUAUUUAUGUGCAUUCCUCUGAGAAACUGCCUGCUGUGAAUCAGACCCCACAAUCUGUUAGGUGAAGGUACAGGAUUUAUUGUUGUUAACCGGUUGUGUUGUUGCCAUGCUUUCCCAAAAGGCUGAUCGCGCUCAUUCAUAUUCAUCAGCACUCACUUUCGCCAAAACCAGUGCAUGUGAUUGUAUAGUUGUCACGGCGAUGGUAGCCACUUCUGUCCCGAUUUUUUUUUUUUUUUUUUUUUUUUCCAAAACGAAGUACCUGAUUAUGUAGCCUCAUGGGUGUCCCUGUAAUCACAGGAUCCCAAACAGUGCCAGUCAUCACUUUUAUAAAAUUCUCUUUUUGAAAAACAAACAAAAAAAAUCCUUCUUUAAAAUGUUUUUUUGUUGUUGUUGUUUUUUUUUUUAUAUCUCAACCUAUACUGUUUUAAAAACAGACGAGCAGUUAUUCCGAUGGCAUCUUUUUCUUUGUCGAAUAUGUUGAGGAAACCUCUCAACACUUUGAUUUUCUAUCUUUGUCUUGUCAUACAGAAAUCUCGCUGUGUAUCUGAAUUGAAUGACUGAGCUGCGUGUAUGUGUUUUGUGCGUAUGUAUGUGUGUGUGUUUGUGUGUGUGUGCAUUUGUCCGUAUGUGCAUGAGUGACUGACAUGACGGGUUGUAUUGCCAAUUGAAUUAACCCAGUGUUACAGGUCAGGAAAGGCAGAGUUAAAAAAGAGAAAACCACUGCCUCUAAUUAUGAUCUCGUGUAUCUCUUCUUUCCUCUUGUAUAGAACCACUGUUCCAUUUCAAGGAACCUUUGCCAAUAUAUUCUUCCCGAAAUUUUUAUGUAUGUAACAGAGUAAUAACAUUGAUGAAACAUUAAGAGGGCAGCAUUGCUUUAACCUCUGAACUUUGGUGAGUGUUUGUUUCCACCAGUUACUAACUCUCCUCAGGUUUAUCAAACUUUUGUUGUUUUCUUUGGGUUUUUUUUGCCAAGACAGAGGAAACUCGGACCGAAUUAUAAACCACCAAACUGCUCUGUCUCUCAUCCCUAACUUGGUGAUCAUAUUUAUUAUCAUUUUUCAGCGACACCUUCCCAGAAACAUUGGUUCAGUUGAAGGGGAAAGGCAGUUACAGUAAUGGAUAACUCAACCACCCCGAAGCCCACAAAGGAAUGAAUUAUGCAAUAAUGGUGUUUCAGCAUGCAAUAAUAUUAACAGCCCAUCCAAUUAUUACAAAUUAACAACGCACAUCUGUUGACCUUUUGCAGUAAGAUGCGUCUUCAGAUAAACACAUUAUAAAGGGAGAACAGUGUAUUUUGUACAAAUAUUUUAAAAGUAUUAAAAUAAACCUGUUAUAUGUGUACAUAAAACAGUUGAAUGAAUGGUGAAAAUGUGAUGUGUUUUUUUCCUGAAUAACUAAAUGAAACCAAUAUUAAUGCAAA